AAACUAGUGAUACACAGAAGAACAACCUACCCUAAAGUCUGGACAAGUAAGACACGAAAUUUGCAAAUCUUAUCGGCAAUAGAAUAAUAUUCCAUCACUGCUUUAUUCCAUAAUGAUGUUAUAUACCCUGAUUUAAAUUUGUUCAUUCUUUCUUGUCUUUCUUAUUGACAGUGAAACCUUGCGUGAGUAUGCUCUCAAGAUUAGAUCAGCGAUGAAUGAUCUUUCUAAGGCGAAGGCCAGGUCACUCGAGUUGGAGGAGAACAGCUUCUUGGAUCAGUAUGGAGACCGGCCGGUCUUGGAAGUAAGGUUCAACUUCUAUCCACCAUGUUCCAGGGCUGAAGUUUUUGGCGCCAAACCUCAUUUAGACAGAUCGGCAAUCACGGUCCUUUUGCAGGACAAAGAAGUGGAAGGCCUCCAAGUCCUCAAAGACGGCAUGUGGCAGACGGUUCCUGUUAUUCCCCACGCUCUUGUCGUCAAUCUGGGUGGUCUGAUGCAGGUAAUGACAAAUGGGAUGUUCAAGAGUCCCUUGCACACAGUAUUGACUAAUGCGAACAAGUUGGGAAUGUCAAUCGCUGUGUUUGAUGAGCCAGAGGCAGAGAAAGAAAUCGGACCGGUCGAUCACUUAGUCGACCACAUGAGGCCGAGGUUAUAUAGAAGUGUCAGGAACUUUGCGGCUUUCAACUACGAGUGCUUCCAGAAAGGAAAGGAUUCGCUCAAGGAACUUCGAAUUUGACUUAUGCCAGUGUUUGCUGUCUAGUAUGCAAGUUGGUGUACAUGGCAUGAAACUGAGUGCUAGUUUUGUGCCCUAAAUAAGCAUCAGGAGUGGCAAAUGUGGGCACAAGAAGCUCAGUAAUGUUGUGGUUUCUCAGUAGAGUGAAAGAAAUAUAGCCACAGAACAAUUGUUUUCAAAAUUGUAAUGUCAUCAAUAAUCAUAAUCAACAUAUGUCGUGAGGCAACCUAUGAGACGACACUCCCGACCUUGACAACUAGUUGUUCACUUAA